UUCUCUGGGCCCCUGACACAGACACAUACAAACACUCUUCUCUCUGACAUAACGUGCUCCUGGUAGGAACCCUUGAGAUAAAAGAGGCUUUUCUUGUUCCUUGAUCAGAAAAAAAAAAAGUCUUGACUCCAGAGGGCCAUAUGGCCACACUAAGGUAUUUAGGAUGGAGAUAUGGAGGACAACCUUUCAGAGAAGGUUAAAAUUCUGAAGUCUCCAUGUUGACGUUGUCUCUAAAAGGACUGUCUCUCAAAGGACAAAGCCUUCGGUUGAGCAGCUCUGACUUCCUCUUUCCUAUUGCUUCCUUUCCCUGGAGGUAACAUUUAUUUUCAUCUCUUUCGAAAAUUUUUUUCCUUCUUAAGUUGCCAGUGAUGCCAACUGUCAUUAAGGCUUCUGUGGCUCAGCCAACAAGGGCUGGGCCCCUCUCCCCAGGACUGAUCCCUCCCCCAGUCCGUACCCCAACCACCGAAACAGGUGGGCUGAAUACUGGGGGCAUCUAUUCAGCUAUUAUCAGUCGGAAUUUCCCUAUUAUUGGCGUCAAGGAGAAGACUUUUGAGCAGCUACACAAGAAAUGUCUAGAAAAGAAGGUUCUGUAUCUGGAUCCUGAUUUCCCCCCCGAUGAGACCUCUCUGUUCUACAGUCAGAAGUUCCCCAUCCAGUUUGUCUGGAAGAGACCACCGGAAAUCUGCGAGAAUCCCAGGUUUAUCAUUGGUGGAGCCAACAGAACUGACAUCUGCCAAGGCGAUUUAGGGGAUUGCUGGUUCCUGGCUGCCAUUGCCUGUCUGACCCUGAAUGAGCGACUACUUUUCCGAGUUAUCCCCCAUGAUCAGACUUUCACUGAAAACUAUGCUGGGAUCUUCCAUUUCCAGUUCUGGCGCUAUGGAGACUGGGUAGAUGUGGUUAUUGAUGACUGCCUCCCAACCUAUAACAACCAGCUGGUCUUCACCAAAUCCAACCAUCGCAAUGAAUUUUGGAGUGCUCUGCUGGAGAAGGCCUAUGCAAAGCUCCAUGGCUCUUACGAAGCCCUGAAAGGUGGUAACACCACAGAAGCGAUGGAAGACUUCACUGGAGGAGUGACAGAGUUCUUCGAGAUCAGGGAUGCUCCCAGAGACAUGUACAAGAUCAUGAAGAAAGCUAUUGAGAGGGGUUCCCUCAUGGGCUGCUCCAUUGAUGAUGGUACAAACAUGACCUAUGGGACCUCUCCUGGUUGUAGCAUGAGGGAGCUGAUUGAUAGAAUGGUGAAGAAUUUGGAUCGCUCCCAUCUGAGGGACUCAGAUCUAGAUCCGAGAGGCACAGAUGACAGGCCAACCCGGACAAUUGUUCCUGUACAGUAUGAGACACGAAUGGCCUGUGGGCUGGUCAAAGGUCAUGCAUAUUCAGUCACCGGACUAGAGGAGACAACAUUCAAAGGAGAGAAGGUGAAGCUGGUACGACUGCGGAACCCCUGGGGUCAGGUGGAAUGGAAUGGCUCCUGGAGUGAUGGCUGGAAGGACUGGGUCCUGAUUGACAAAGAAGAGAAAUCUCGCUUGCAGCAUCAGGUGACAGAAGAUGGGGAGUUCUGGAUGUCCUAUGAAGAUUUCAUGUAUAAUUUCACAAAGCUUGAGAUCUGCAACCUCACAGCUGAUGCCCUGGAAUCUGACAAGCUCCAGACCUGGACUGUGUCUGUGAAUGAGGGACGAUGGGUGCGGGGAUGUUCUGCAGGAGGUUGCCGCAACUUUCCAGACACUUUUUGGACCAAUCCUCAGUAUCGCUUGAAACUUCUGGAGGAAGAUGAUGACCCUGAAGACAAUGAGGUUGUCUGCAGCUUCCUGGUGGCCCUGAUGCAAAAGAAUAGGAGGAAAGACAGAAAAUUGGGAGCCAACCUCUUCACCAUUGGCUUCGCCAUCUAUGAGGUGCCAAAAGAGAUGCAUGGGAACAAACAGCACCUUCAAAAGGAUUUCUUCUUGUACAACGCCUCCAAAGCUCGGAGUAAAACCUAUAUCAACAUGCGUGAAGUAUCCGAGCGCUUCCGCCUGCCCCCCAGUGAAUAUGUCAUCGUCCCCUCCACCUACGAUCCCCACCAGGAAGGAGAAUUCAUCCUUCGGGUCUUCUCUGAAAAGAGGAACCUCUCUGAAGAUGUCGAAAAUACAAUUGCUGUGGACCAUCCUGUGAAAAAGAAAAAGAACAAGCCCAUCAUCUUCGUGUCUGACAGAGCAAACAGCAACAAGGAGCUGGGUGUGGACCAUGAGUCUCAGGAGGGCAAGGAUAAGCCAGAGAAACCAACUCAGCCAACCUCAGGCAACACGGACCGGGAGACCGAGGAGCAGGUGCAAUUCAAGAAUAUUUUUCGACAGAUUGCGGGUGAUGAUAUGGAAAUUUGUGCUGAUGAACUCAAGAAUGUUCUCAACACAGUGGUGAACAAACAUAAAGACUUGAAGAUAGAGGGAUUCACCCUGGAGUCCUGCCGAAGCAUGAUUGCCCUGAUGGAUACUGAUGGUUCUGGGCGGCUGAACCUGCAGGAAUUCCACCACCUCUGGAAGAAGAUCAAGAGCUGGCAGAAAAUCUUCAAACACUAUGACACAGACCACUCCGGCACCAUCAACAGCUAUGAAAUGCGUAAUGCCGUGAAUGACGCAGGCUUCCACCUCAACAGUCAGCUCUAUGACAUUAUCACCAUGCGCUAUGCAGACAAGCACAUGAACAUCAAUUUUGACAGCUUCAUCUGCUGCUUUGUACGGCUGGAGGGCAUGUUCAGGGCUUUCCAAGCCUUUGACAAGGACGGAGACGGCAUCAUCAAGCUCAACGUUCUCGAGUGGCUGCAGCUUACAAUGUAUGCCUGAACAGAGCCUCCCUCACCUCGACUAAAAUGAAACGUUCUGCACCAUUCACAUCAAGCGCAGAAGCUAGAGCCACUUCUAAGAAACAAGCCCGCCUCUACCAGCCUGGGGUUCCCACAGUGGUUCUCUUCCCUGUCAUUCGGUGCUCCCAGCCAGGCUUAGGAUUCCAAAUACCUACCCCAGGCCAUGGCUGCUCCCCAACCAACCUUAGUCUCCAUGCUAAGGUGUGAGCAGAGAUAGAACUUCUCUUCCCUACAAAAGCAGUGACAAUAUCCCAGAAAGCACUACAGUGAAGCAAAUCUCGGCCAACUUCAUACAGUUGCAGUUUAGCCUUGGGGGAAGAUUUUUACUGGAGAACAUCAGUCCAGGCACCUAAAAAGCUAAUUGUAAUUAGAUCCUAGAGCAAGGGUUGGAGCUGCCAAGGCUCCCAAAUCUCCAGAUUAGAAAGCUAUAAUUAAUGACUACUAGGAAACUAUAACAAGUUCCAAACCAGGCCAGGGCUGAGGAAGGGUAAAGAAAUGCCUCCAGGGAUAUUUGUGCGACAUUGUCCCUUGCUGGUUAAAUUAAAGAAAAAUUCCUUCAUUGUUGACAUGUUGGUGGAUAUUAAGCAUGAAGAGCCUCCUAGACUCCUUCCCUCGUCCCCAGCCCUUGGUUCUGCCUUAGUUUUAUUUCAGAAUUGUAUCUGUUCUGGAUUUAUACAGAGGAAAGGUAGAUCAAUCCUUGUUGGAUUGUCACAGAUGACUGGUUGUGGUGCCAAUAAGAGUUCCCAAUUAAUAAAAGGCAUGUGUCUGGC